AUGGCCGUGCGUGGGCUGAUGAGCGCGACAGGGGUGACACAGCGCCUGGCGCUGGACGGGGACGUUGGCCAGCCUGUCCCCGCGCAGCCCCACCUCCAGCGGGAAAAGACUUUCCCAGAGCAUUUCCUACGCCGGGAUGGCUCGUGUCCCCGGGGCUCCCGGCUGGGUGCGGGUUCAUUACCCGGGAGGGCUCGUUCCCCGCCGGGCUGCGGGAUAACGGCGGGGUUCAUUACCCGGGAGGGCUCGUUCCCCGCCGGCUGCGGGAUAACGGCGGGGUUCAUUACCCGGGAGGGCUCGUUCCCCACUGGCGGUGGGAUAACGGCGGGGUUCAUUACCCGGGAGGGCUCGUUCCCCACUGGCGGUGGGAUAACGGCGGGGGCUCGUUCCCCGCCGGCUGCGGAAGAUGCGCGUACCCGCUGCGGCGCUGAGCUGCCGCGCCUGCUUCCCCCCCCCGUACCGCGGCGGGGGGGAGGCGGGCGGGGCGGCGGGCUCGGCUCGGCCCGGCCCGGCCCGGCCCGGCUCGGCUUGGCUCCGCUCGGCUCGGCUCGGCUCGGGAUGCUGCUGCGGGUGCGCGCUGCCGUGGCGCAGCUGGCGGCGGGGCUGGGCGCGGGGCCGGGCGCGCAGUCCCCCGCAGAACCCCGGGGCGGCGGGGCCGGGGCCGCCCGGGGAUCGCCGCCGCCAGCCGCGUUCUGCCGGCCGGCCUUCCUGCAGCUGACUCCCGAGGAGCUGCGCCGCGCCGACGACCACACGGGGCGGGCGGUGCAGAGCCCCCGCGACGGGCGCCGCCGGCUGCCCUGGAGCACGGGAUACGCAGAGGUGAUAAAUGCAGGGAAGAGCCAGCACAAUGAGGACCAGGCGUGCUGUGAGGUGGUGUUUGUGGAGCAGAGGCCCAGCCCGAGGGGCUGCCUGUCGUCCAGGGAAAGCAGCGGGGAGCUGGAUGGGGGCAGGAAAGGUUUUUAUUUCCACUACUGGGCAUUGUUUGAUGGCCAUGCAGGCAGUGGUGCUGCUGUCAUGGCAUCCAAGAGGCUGCACCUGCACAUCUGUGAGCAGCUCCGGGAGCUCGUGGAGAUCCUGCAGGACCCCUCCCCACCUCCCAUCUGCCUCCCACACGACACACAGACUGGUUCUGCGGACCCAAACCAGAUGUCCAAUGCAGAGGACCAUGGGGAGGUCCCGAACGAUGCUGCGCCACGGUUUCACCUGGAGAAAGCAGUGUCCCAUGAGAGCCUGGUGAUCGGUGCCAUUGAGAAUGCCUUCAAGCACAUGGACGAGCAGAUCGAGCGGGAGCGGGCGUCCCAGCACCUGCCCGGGGGCUGCUGUGCCCUGGCUGCCAUCUACCUCAUGGGCAAGUUCUACGUGGCCAACGCUGGUGACAGCAGGGCCAUUAUCAUCCGUAAUGGGGAAAUCAUUCCAAUGUCCAGGGAGUUUACUCCAGAGACAGAGAGGCAGAGGCUGCAGUUUUUAGCGCUGCUAAGGCCCGAGCUGCUGGGGAAGGAGUUCACCCACCUGGAGUUCCCCCGCAGGAUCCAGCCCAAGGAGCUGGGGAAGAAGAUGCUCUACAGGGACCAGAACAUGAAUGGCUGGGCUUACAAAAAGAUAGAAGAGGAUGACCUGAAGUUUCCACUUAUCUUUGGGGAAGGCAAAAAGGCUCGGAUGAUGGCCACGAUUGGGGUCACGAGAGGCCUGGGAGACCAUGACCUCAAGGUGUUCAGCUCCAACAUCCACAUCAAGCCUUUCCUGUCCUGCUUCCCAGAGGUCAGGGUUUAUGACCUCACGCAGUACGAGCACUGCCCUGACGAUGUCCUGGUGCUGGGCACCGAUGGGCUCUGGGAUGUCACCAACGACAAGGAGGUGGCUGGUGUGGUGAUGGAGGUGCUGACCAGCUAUGAGCCCAACGACCCGUGCAGGUACACCAUGGUGGCCCAGGAGCUGGUGGUGCGCUCACGGGGGGUGCUGAAGGAGCAUGGCUGGCGCCUGGCCAAUGACAAGCUGGGCUCUGGUGAUGACAUCUCUGUUUUUGUGAUCCCCCUGGGUGGCCCUGGCAACUACGCGUGA